GGAUCUCUUACAUUCCUUAAAAAAACCCUGUGACGACCCACCUCUUAUGUCUACGAUCACUCUCGGCGCGGUGCUCACUGCGAGCCCGCCGCGCAACCCGCUUGGCACCAGGACGCCGACGCCCAGCGUCUACAUUAUUCCGCCUGAGGAAGAGCAAGAGGAUAAUCCACCGUGGUGCUGCUACGAUUCGGAGGCGCCGCACGCCGAACCCGCGAACACGGCCGAGUUCGUGACCGAGCUCGAGGCGGACCCGAACUGGAACGCCGACGAUGAGUCGCCCGUGUUUCGUCGCUCGGACUCGCGUUCGCUCGACGAGAUCGCGGUCAUGCCCCGGAGGGGAAGUCGCCAGAGUGUGUACUUUGGCGAUAGGGCGGCUCCGGAUGCGGUGGUCACCGGGUCGGGGACCAUGGACGUGGAUGUUGAUGAUAUCGUCGUCGAGGUAGUAAGGGUAGGACGGAGGAGGGAAGUCGAGGCAGCGGAUGAAGAAGCCGCAGUGAAGGGCGAUACCUGGAAGAAGACAAGGGGCUUGACCUUGCGCGCGCGGGCGGCGCAGGCGCUCAAGUCGAUGCGCGGUGCUGGUUCGUCCUCCGUCAAGACGGCGGGGACGUCAAGCACCAAGAAUAGGCCAGAACACGCGAGAAGGCAUGUGAAGGACGUGUUCAGGCCCGUGGAGAACGCACAGAUGGAAUCGAGUGGGCCAGGCCCCGUGCGGCGGAUGUCGGUGACGAAGCUCGCUCGGCGGAGCUCUAAGGCGACAAGGAGGGGCGCGCCAGAGGCUUCAGAGAUGCAGGCGUCAGACAGCCUGCCGACACACUCGACGCGCACGAUUACUCGGCGGCUGUCACAGCUGUUCGUGUCCGCCAGCCGCUCUUCGAUGGACUCAGUACGCGGUGGGGAUACCGCUGCAAGACCACAGUCUCCCUUAGCGUCGGACGUUAUGGCAUCGCCAAGUUGUACUUCAUCGAUGGUGGACGUCGCGAUGGACGUUGCAUCAGAGCCUGCAGCGCAAGACGCGAAUGUGGACUCUCGCCCUCUUUCCCCAGGCCUUCAGCCCAAGCGUGGGCCCUCUAUCCGAAGACUGUCCAUGCGCAAUAUCAGGGGGCUAUUCACCCGUGAUGCCCCUUCUUCCAGUACCAUCCCUAUCUCGGACAGCCAAAGCACCACGACGCUCGCUCAGGCUGGCUCGUCAGCGACGGUCUCGGCUAGCGCAGCACCCGAAGAAAUACUGGUACAAUCGCCUUCCUCGUCCAGCUAUUCCUCAUACAUGGGCAUAGGCUCCCCAACCUCCCCUAUCCUCAUGUCCCGCGACUCACGCACUGUCUCGGAUGCGUCUACGGAGCCGCCGGAAACACCCAAGGACCCCGUCGCACGUUUCUCCUUCAGCAGGGACCGUAUGGGACGCUCCUCCGUCUCUACAUCUCGACUGUCCGAGGACGCCGCGGGCGGCAAGGUCGACAUGGACGAGAACCUCGAGAUGCGGCUUGACUCGCUCCAAUUCGACUCGAUACACUUCGACCCGGACGAGUUUCAGGUGUCGUUCUAGCUAUAACGCUCUGCCGCCAUCCAUCCACUGCCCCACCUUUUCCACCGACCAUGCAUAUACGAACGACAUUGUAC